CACAAAACCUGCCAUAAACGGUAAACCCUAAACCCCUGACUCCAUCUCUCUCUCUCUCUCUCUCUCUCCAACCUUCUACGGUAACGUAAGCGAGUCUUUGAUAAUUUGAUUUCCAUAUUCUUGCUCUGCAAGUCAAGCCUCCUUCCCACAUUUUCUUUCAGACCCUUAAAAGCCCAUCUCUUGGGGUUUAUUUGAAAACCCAGGAGGAGAACAAGGAGAAGCAAAAAUGGCUAAAUCAUAUGCGCUGGGGCUCAUAUCUACAGCACUGGCAGCCGCGGCCACGUCCUCUUCCACCUUAUCAUCCCAAUCUCACUUAGCUUAUGCUGAUGGGUCUUUCAAACUCUCUCCAAUUUCUCCUCCUUCUUCUGAGAAAUCACAGCCGUCCAAUCCGCCGGCGGGUAAUUCCGAGUCUUCAUCUCCGUCCAGGGUUCGGAAUGAUAAUCCGAGGACGACAUCGGCGGGGUUUGACCCGGAGGCAUUGGAGCGGGGGGCCAAGGCGUUGAGGGAGAUCACCAAUUCUGCUCAUGCCAAGAAGGUGUUUGAAGUUAUCAAGAAGCAAGAAGAGACAAGGCAGGUGGAGAUGGAAUCAAAGGUUGCGGAGUUCAAGGCCGUGCAAGCUCAAGCUGAGACUGAGAGACAAAGGGUAAUAUAUGAUGAACAGAAGAAGCUAGCUCAGCAUCAAGCACAAACAAAAUCCCAAAUGGCUCGGUAUGAGGAUGAAUUGGCAAGGAAGAGAAUGCAGGCAGAAAAUGAGUACCAGAGAGCGAGGAAUCAAGAGCUUGUAAAGCUGCAAGAAGAAUCAUCAAUUCGGCAAGAACAAGCUCGGCGAGCAACAGAAGAACAGAUUCAAGCACAACGUCGGCAAACAGAGAGGGAGAAGGCUGAGAUAGAACGUGAAACAAUUAGAGUGAGGGCUAUGGCAGAAGCAGAAGGGAGAGCCCAUGAAGCAAAGUUAGGUGAAGAGGUUAACAGGCGAAUGCUGGUGGAACGUGCCAACGCCGAGAGAGAGAAAUGGAUAUCUGCCAUAAAUACUACCUUUGACCAUAUUGGAGGGGGUUUGAGAGCCAUUCUAACAGAUCAAAAUAAGUUGGUUGUAUUUGUUGGAGGAGUGACAGCUCUAGCAGCAGGGGUUUACACAACAAGAGAAGGUGCAAGGGUGAUAUGGAGCUAUGUUGAUAGGAUACUGGGACAACCAUCACUGAUUAGAGAGUCCUCCAGAGGGAAAUACCCUUGGUCAGGCUUGUUUGCUCGUGCCAUGAGCACACUUUCUCGUGGUGCUGAUAAGGGAUCUUUGAAAAAUGGGAAUGGGUUUGGUGAUGUAAUUUUACACCCUUCUCUUAAAAAAAGGAUUGAACAGCUGGCUGGUGCAACAGCCAAUACAAAAUCCCAUCAGGCACCAUUCCGCAACAUGCUCUUCUAUGGUCCUCCAGGAACGGGAAAAACAAUGGCUGCUAGAGAGCUGGCUCGUAAAUCGGGACUGGAUUAUGCAUUGAUGACUGGAGGAGAUGUUGCUCCACUGGGACCUCAGGCUGUCACGAAGAUACACCAGUUAUUUGAUUGGGCCAAGAAGUCCCGGAAAGGUUUAUUGCUUUUCAUUGAUGAAGCUGAUGCAUUUUUGUGCGAGCGGAACAAAACCUACAUGAGUGAAGCUCAAAGAAGUGCACUCAAUGCCCUCCUUUUCCGCACAGGUGACCAGUCCAAGGACAUAGUACUUGCUCUCGCUACAAAUCGCCCUGGCGAUCUUGAUUCAGCUGUGGCAGACCGUAUUGAUGAAGCUCUGGAAUUUCCAUUGCCUGGGGAACAGGAACGUUUCAAGCUUUUAAAACUGUACUUGGACAAGUACAUAGCUCAGGCUGGACAGAAGAAAUCUAGUUGGUUCCAAAACUUAUUCAGAAAGGAACAACAGAAGAUAGAGAUUAAGGGUUUGACUGAUGAUAUAUUAAGGGAAGCAGCAGCCAAAACCGAAGGAUUUUCUGGAAGAGAAAUAGCAAAAUUGAUGGCAAGUGUCCAAGCGGCUGUUUAUGGGAGUGAGAAUUGUGUGCUUGAUCCAAGCCUGUUCCGAGAGAUAGUAGAUUAUAAAGUUGCAGAGCAUCAACAGAGAAGGAAAAUGGCAGCUGGUAAAGGAAGUGCAUGACGCGAUCUAUUACAAACAAGAAAUGUUUGUAUUAUGUGGCCAUGCAUUCAUGGCAGGUUUUAUGAGCGUAGCAAUUAGUAGUGUUCGGAAUGGCCCAUGCUUUUAUUGUUUUGGGCAUCAUGAUCUUCAUCAUUAUUUUGGCCCCUUUUUGAGUUUGGGGAUUUUGGUAUUUCUCAUCUUAGGUUCUUUCAAUGGGUAGUGAUCAUGGAAGCGGCUGAAAUAUUGUAUUUUUGUCGGUAUAGUUUUUCUUGUAUCUUUCUAUCUCUUCAGAAGAGAAGAACUUGCAGCAGUAUCUCAAUUUCAAUUCAAAUAAAACACAACUUGUCUUCACGGAAGGCCAUUACAGGCUAUAUGCAUA